UACUUAUUGGAGUGAAAAAGCAAUUUAGCAUCCAUUUCUUGUUGCGAAUACUUAUAGUUUAGUGUGAAGAAAAAGUGGGAAGCGUGCCAAGGUGUUUUAUCGCAAAAGCGCUUUACUGAAACCAUCUCAAGAAUUACAAAGCGGAUUCUUUUCUUGCCAGUUUGAAGUAGUGACAUACAUAGAUUUUCGUUCGUAUAGAACUUGUUGAUCACACUUCUAUACAAAUUUACAACUCUCGCAUCAGCGCCCUGGAGUAUGAUUUCCUGGUUGAAAGAACAUAAUUCUUUUAUGUUUGCUUUUAUCCCGCUUGCAUGUUGCAUCUUCAGUUACUGCCUUGGAGCCCAGAGAACGCUUAAAAAUAUCCUAUCCUAUUAUUUUGUCUAGGAUUAAAUUUUACUUCAUUGUGAAUAUUUUAUAAUCGGUUUAAGCUUGAAAAGGUAGCAGAUAGAAAUAUUUCGCAUUUAUAACAGCGGCAAGUGACACAGGGUUCUCUGAAACAGGCGAACUCGCAGGGGACAAUAGAUAAGUAAUGGAAAACUUUCUAAAGAGCUUUGCUGUUUAACGGGCGUGUUUCUCUUUCAAGUCAUUGACUUUAAUGACGGCUGGGGAAUUUCAUUAGAGCAUGGUGAAACUCAGCAGUACUAUUGUACCCUUGGAUAUAUAACUUGUGGUAUUUUACAAAUUUGGUGGUCUGGUCUCUAGAUUUGUAAUUUUAAUAGUAAUUCAUGAUUUUGAAGGGUUUCAUUCAGGGUUUUUGAAGUUGGAAUAAUUUCUGAAUAUAUUCUUUGCCGUAUUUGUUAAAAAACAGAGCUUUACAAUUUAAAUGAUAUAUUUAUAAUCAUACGUGUAAUGUUAUCAAUGUUAUCAUUGUAAGUACAUUUUUCGUAAACUGCAUUCCUUCUCAGAUUAUCGAAAAAAAAACUACAGAAUUUUUCCAUAAAUGCGGGCACAGUAAGCUGCAUAGUUAAGUGAUCCCCCUGUAAAAAUAAAUAUAUACGCAGGGGGUGUCACUUAACUCUGCAGCUUACUGUGCAUAACGCGUAGCAAACAAAAAACUAUAAAAAAAUAUUCCAGAAGACUGAUCCCAAUACACGGUAGAAAUUAAAAGCGAAAUCUAGACUCGUAAUGCUUUAAAGUCGGGCACGACAACACAUUGAAUGAAACUAUUCCAGGAAGAAACUUAAAAGAACGCUUGAGCGGUUUGGUUCGUGUCAGCCGUAAAACCGUACUCUGGCAAAUUUCAGGCCAGUGCCGAUAUUUACUUGAUCGUGAUUAAUUAUGUAUUGUGCUCGUCUUUAGUUCUGAGAGAUUGACUGCGCCAUUACGCGAUUUUAUCGCGAGUUUGGCCGAGCGCGGGAUUAUGCAGUGUCUGCCUUCUGCAGUUAGCGCCCGUAGCGAAAAAACGCGCACACGCAUGGACCGCUUGAAAAACGUGCGGAAAAAUCUCGUACCGUAGUUGAGUACUUUUAUCGUUGUCGUUGAGUGCUACGAACUUUAGUAAAAGUAAUGUACUAUGAAUGAGCCAGUAAUUAUAAAAUUGAUAAUGUUAAUAUGAAUUAUAAAAACAGCAAGAUGAACUUAAAGUUGAACAAUGACGUUCGACCAGCAACGAGGGUGAAGGUAAAAAAAAAUUCAGCAACUAUUAAGGAAGAGCGGCAGCGCACAGGACGGUACAUUGCGAUCCUAGUUGGCAUAUGCCUACUACUACUGGCGAUAUACCACGCGUGGGUGCGAAAAAUCCCAGUCGUGGCCAGCCUAGUCGUGCCCGCGCUCAUCAUGUUUAUUUACGUGGGAUGGGUUCUGUAUUCGGCCAACAGGGAAAAACAUAGGCGCCUGGAUUUGGAAGCAGCAAUCACUGCAAACUAUUUGAAAGAGAGACAAGAUGCUUUAGCUGCUGAACAGGCUAAGAAGGAGGAACAGUCCAGUGGGAAGAACAGUCCUCGACCACAGUCCCCUAACGGCGCAGUGCAUAAGGAUUUAUCCAGGGUACCUUCCAAAGUGAGCCAAACCAAUGUAGCGGAUGAAAGUCAUCGUUUCAUCAAACCUAUAAUCUUAGUCAAUGACAGACCCCCUGAUGAUCCUGAUGAUAAGUGGACUCAACUAGUAGAUGUGAUUUCACAAAGUGAAAAGUUUAAAGCUAUUACGGGUAGAAAGAAAUUUAAGCGAAAGUUCUGUAGAAGUAAGCGAAUUACAUUUAAAAGAUCUUACUCGAUAGCGUGACAUGUACCUAUUAAAUUAGUGACUUUGUAUGGUAUAUGAGACCGCGGCCGGAUAAACGUCCCACUUUCUCGCCUGCUACAAGGCCGCAUUAACAUGUUAUUCGUAUAAAGAUACAAGCAAAUCUCGUCCUUAUAGCAAGUGACAAAAUGGGACGUUUUGCCGGCCGCGGUCACAUAUUCUUUGAUUACGAUUCGCAUUUAGGUAAUUUUUUCAUAUUUUUUAUUGUUUGCUAAGUACCUUUAAAAGAAACAUAUAUUGUACCUACAAUUUAUAAUGAUAAAAUACAUAUUUAACCGAGAUUCAUUUGCGUAAAAUAGGGGAUUUAUUUACGUUAAAUAUUAGUAAUUUAAGUACGCAGUACGGAACUACACAUUGAAUGGUUGGUACGGUCACGUCUGAAAAUAUCGAUACGAAAAAAGUGCCAAAAUUAUGUACACACGAAUUUAUUGCCCAUAUAUUAAGGUAGUGGUUAGUUUUGGCAUAUUUUUCAUACCGAUAUUUUCAGACAUGACUGUGCCUACCUAUGUUCUCAGAAUUAAUUUAUUGUGAUAUCGUAAUUAUGUAAAUCGUAAGUCACGUUUUACAUAACAUUAGGUAAGCAUUACUUAAAACUAAGUACAUUAGUUUUAAGUACCUACACGGGCAAAUAAUUGGUUCCAAGUUUCCCCUUUAUAUGAAAUAUAAUCUCACUGUAUGUACAUGCCAUUUAAUGUCACGUUUAGUGUGACAAGUAGACGCUUAAAAAUUUCAUAUAAAACUUAAGUUUAACUCAAACUUAAGUUUUAUAUGAAAUUUUUAAGCGUCUACUUAACUCAAUUUUAUGUCAAAUGUAGCAAGAAAUAAAGUCUGCUCCAUAUUAAUUUAUUAUGCUCUCAAAGUAAUACAAGCAGGUGGUAUGUGCCUUAACAAAUUAGCCUUAUUAGAUAUGCUGAUUAUACAUUAUCUAAAUACAUAUUUGUAUGUUUUUUGUAUACAUAUAAUGAUCGUUAACUGGUACUUGUUUGUCUUGUUUAAUGUGGAUGUAUAA